AUGCGCCUCCACCGCAGCGACAAAUACUCCUCCCCCGCCGGAACCAUGAGGUACCGGGGUGUGAGGCGGAGGCCAUGGGGACGUUAUGCCGCUGAGAUAAGGGACCCUCAAUCUAAGGAGCGGCGUUGGCUGGGGACAUAUGACACGGCGGAGGAAGCCGCUUGCGCCUACGACUCCGCUGCCAGAGUCUUGCGUGGCCCCAAGGCGAGAACUAACUUUUUGUACACUACUUCCCCUCCUCAACCUUCUUCCAUCUUCCUCACCAACAAAAACAAUCAUAAAGACAUCCUUAACCGCAGUAGCCAUCUCUUCUUCAACAGCCGUAACUGCCACUUGGGUGGUUCUUGGCCUGACCCCUUCUCCUCCUACUCCGUCCCUUCUUCAUUUUCUACCUUCCAGCAACAGCGAAACCAGCAGCUUAACUCCACAAACAUGGUCCUCCCCCGUGACUUCAUAGCCCCUUACACCAAACCCAAGGGCAGUUUAGUCAACUCAUCACAUGCUGGCAAUGCUAAUAACCCUUCUCUUUCAUCUUCCUUAUCGUACCCCAAGGGCAGUUUAGUCAACUCAUCUUCCAUUAGCCACCAUUUAUCCUACCCCAAGGGCAGUUUAGUCAACUCAUCAAAUGGUAGCAAUGCUCCUAACUACAGCGCAGCCUUUUCUUCCUCUUGCCUGACGAACACAAACAGUCUCGGUUGUGGCAGUGAUAAUAAUUAUAAAGCUGAUGGCAGUGAAUACUCGCAAGAGUUCUUUCAUCACUCAGACUCAUCAUCGGGGUUGUUGGAAGAGAUAGUUAGAGGUUUCUUGAAAAGUCCAAAGCCCACUAAAAGUGAGUGUUUGUUGUUAUUAGGUGCUCCUACACCUACUUCUCCAUCCCAAGUACGUUCUUCCCACCUUAAGGCUGACUCAUUUCCUCCUCUUUCCCCUGUUUCCACAGGCGACACCAUGAAGAAAGACCAGGAUACGGCGGUUCCCUCUAGCAUGCCUUUUACUCAGGAGAACAACAACGUUAACAACAACAAUAAUAAUCAUCAUCAUCAUCAUCUUGAAGAGUGGCCUAACAUGGAAGACAUUUUUCAUCAGUACCCGGACUUUCUUAAUUAG